CGGUACGCUGAUAAAAGAUAAUAAUAACGCCAGCGUGCGUGAAGGCCCAAGGCGAACGUAAGCCUUCUAUAAAUUGUACGUUUUGAUUGAUUUUCUUUUACGUAUUCAUUUCAUUUGGUUUAGCUUAACCGAGUAUUCUAACAACAUUCAAGAAGAAUUAAUGCCCUAUGUUUCAAACAUUGAAUCGAUGAAAUAAAUAAAUUAUAACUUAUCUUAAUUUUUUGUUUUGAAUUUCGUCCUAAAUAUAAUAUUUACUUCGAGAUCAAAUUUAAUUUUAGAAUUUUGAUAUCAUGAGUGAAUUGUGUUACGAAAAGAGUAAAAAUUAUUGGUCUAAUGUUUCGGCUUCAGUGAACGGAAUGCUUGGUGGUUUUCCUUAUUUGACGAUUAUGGAUAUAAGGGAUUCCCAUACUUUUCUCAAUAAGCUGUUUCAAAUGAAAAAUGGUCCAUCUAAAGGAAGAGCUUUGGACUGUGGUGCUGGUAUUGGAAGAAUAACAGAAAACCUUCUAUGCAAACAUUUCAAAUUCGUUGAUAUGUUGGAACAAGAAGAAAAAUUUUUGAAGAAAGCCAAACUAAAAUUCAAAGGAACCAAUGUGGAAAACUUCUACUGCUCUGGAUUACAUGAAUUCAUACCUACUGAUAAUCUUAAAUACGAUGUCAUCUGGAUUCAAUGGGUUCUUGGUUACCUUACAGAUAAAGAUUUAGUUGGGUUUUUAAAAAAAUGUUGCAAGUUAUUGAAUAUAAAUGGACUUAUAGUUGUCAAAGAAAACAUUUCCAAAGAAGUAGAAGAAAUAGAUUCAGAGGACAGCUCGGUUACAAGAAGUUAUGUACAUUAUUGUACUUUAUUCCAACAAGCAAAUUUAAUAUGUACAGCUAAAAAAACUCAAUCAAAUUUUCCACCAGAAUUAUAUAAAGUUGAAAUGUUUGCAUUAAAACCAAAUUAAAUUUUUGAAAAUAUAUUUUAUGUUUUAUAUUAAAUUUCAUAA